CCGUCCCCCCCUCUUCCUCUACCCCCACCCCCACAGUCCCGCCUGCUCUCCCAGAUGCGUCCGCCGCUGCAGAGACUGUCCUGCCUGGUCACCCGGUGUCUGCUACGCUGCUCCCCGCUCUGUCCCGCUACUUCCCCGGACCCGAAGCCUGUCUCGCACCGCCCCGGCCACCGAACGCCCAGUGAAUGCACUAGUCAGCAACCAUGACAGGCAUAGCCGCCGCGUCUUUCUUCUCCAACUCCUGCAGGUUCGGGGGUUGCGGUCUCCAGUUUGAGUCCCUGGCCGAGCUGAUCGUCCACAUCGAGGACAAUCACAUCGACACAGACCCUCGGGUUUUGGAGAAACAGGAGCAGCAACAGCCGACGUACCUAGCCCUGAGCUACAUCAACAGGUUCAUGACAGACGCAGCUCGUCGGGAGCAGGAGACCCUGAAGAAAAAGGCUGCGCCCAAACUUUCCCUGUCAAUCACCGGCGGGGUAUCUCGGAACAGUGUGGCCACGCCUCCACGCCACAGCAGUGGCAACCUGACCCCUCCCGUGACUCCGCCCAUCACACCCUCCUCUUCAUUCCGUAGCAGCACGCCCACAGGGAGUGAGUAUGAUGAGGAGGAGGUGGAUUACGAGGACUCGGACAGUGAUGAGUCGUGGACCACAGAGAGUGCCAUCAGCUCUGAGUCCAUCCUCAGCUCCAUGUGUAUGAAUGGAGGAGAGGAGAAGCCCUUCGCCUGCCCUGUGCCUGGCUGUAAGAAGAGAUACAAGAAUGUGAACGGUAUUAAGUACCACGCCAAGAACGGCCACCGGACCCAGAUCCGUGUGCGGAAGCCUUUCAAGUGCCGCUGUGGGAAGAGCUACAAGACGUCUCAGGGCCUGAGGCACCACACCAUCAACUUCCACCCGCCCGUCUCCGCCGACAUCAUCCGCAAGAUGCAGGGCUAGAAAUGACCGUCAUCCCAACCCCCGAGAAAUACCCCGCCACACUCUAUACCUCCCACCAGCACUACCGAACUAACCGCCCCAAAACCAUUUCAAAUAUCCUCCCUGCCUUGACCAACUGUCCAGAAUUUACUCCCAUUGUGGUCCUAACAGGGCUGACAACCCAAACUGCUCCUCGGUCGUCCCACACACUAAAGGAUCAAGUGCAUGCUGUAAGUUUUUUUUUGUUUGUCGUUAGCCUUUUUUAAGUCAUGCAUUACAUUCUCUGGUUUGAACAUGCUAUCUUUUGUUAUACUUUAAAAAGAAUAUAUAUAUAUAUGUGUCUUUAUAGGCUUAGUUUUUCUGUUGUACAUUUGCACAUUUUUCUGCUAUCUAUUUUUGGUAUUGACAUACGGUGCUAACUGUAAAAAAACUAAAAAACCUAAAGCGAAAGAAAAAGAAACAAAGGUGAAGAUAAGUAAUGUAAAGAGGGAUACAGCAAGAAGAGGAAGAAGUGGAUGGUUGUUGAGUUGCAUUAUACAGUCUAUAUUUAAAUAUAUGGAUAUAUAUAAACAAUAGAUAU